AUGGAUCUCGUCGGCUAUCCAGGCGGUUGGCUUGCAAUCGAUGCCACUAUCAGAAAAUACGAUGUCCUCCCGGAGCUUCAAUUAAUGGUCCCUGUGAACGUUGUGAGAAUGCGGGAGCGGAAUGUAUCUUUGAGCCCCCUCGCCGACCUGGAAGGCCCAGCCAGAAAUCGCAAAGAAGUGCAAGCUCAUGUGGCCCCAAUUUCACCACUGCCACAUCCCCAAGAAGCACUUACAGCCGCGACCGCAUCCACACCUUCUCUGGCGAAUGUUGAUGAAAGGGGAGUAUCCGACCUUCAGCCGGAGCCACUACUUGGUGCUCCUUCUAUGAGCACCCCGGAAGACGCACAAGUCCAUGUCGCGCGGCGCCAAGCCACAGAACUGCGUGAAUUAAAUCGUUCAGCCAUUAUAACCACAAACGGAUUUAGCAGUUCCGCAGAUUGUGACUCGCCUUCCUCUCUCAGCAACACACUAUUGGACGUCGAGAUGCUGAAGGAUUCCAUUCCAUUAUUUGAAGAAUACACGACUGGGGCGCAGGAUAAAUGGCUGAGGCUCAGCAACCCAUCUCAUCUUGAUCCUACUGAGUUCUCUUUUGGCUCAUCCGUCGAUAUAUUAUCGGAGCCCAAAUUCACCAGCGAGUGUUCAAACCAGCGCAGCUAUACAGAGGACGUUUGGUUUCAGGAACUGUCCAAUCUUAGCACAUCUUUGUACCAACAUUCGCGCUCCUUCGACUCCAAACAAAGACAUCAGAAUCAGCUGAAUUCAGAUUCGGUACCAGGUGCAGGAUCGGCAGAGCAGGACUCCGUACUACCGAUCGAUCGAGUCCUGGCUUUGACCCAGGCCAUGAGUGAGACUCUCAGUAAAUGGCCAGUUGUAACCAUGACACCAUACAGUGCAGCAGGCCAUGGACCUCACGGUGGGUGUCCGCCAGUGAGCUCACUCUCGCAAGGUGAUGGUGGAAGUGAUGGGACCAGUGCGAAUUCCGCAACCGGAGGGAACGACCAGCUGGCUCCCACUCUCGACUGCCCAACUGCCCUCUUAAUCCUCGCAUGUUAUUUGAGGCUACUGCAUCUUUACAAUACAGUACUGCCCCAAUUACAUGACUGUUCACCAACUCCUGCCUCAGUUCAAUCAGCCCCAUGCCAAGGCAUGGGAUCACGGACACCACUACAGUUCCAGAUUGGCUGCUUUUCGGCCUCUCCCACUUCAUCCCUGCAGUUACUUUUGCACCUGACCUCCCAUUUGUUAGAAAAUGUUGAGAUGGCCAUUUCACGUGUGGCUUCAAGCCUGAAUACGCAAGGGUUCAGCUCUGACAGCAUGGACCAACCACCCACCGCAUCUGAGUGUUUUACAUCCAACGGGAUGAGCUGGGGGAUGCCCGACGAGUUCAGCCAUUCCCCAGCCUUUGCGACUGUCGCCAAGGCCGCUGUAGUGGAAGCCAAGUCUGCCCAGCAGGCAGUUCGCAGGCGGCUCCACCAGCUCCAACGUGAAUUAAGCAGGCCCAAAUAA